UUAGACGUAGGAGAGUUCACUGAUGGGCGGACAGACUUUUCUAUGACCACUGAGGGCAGAACAGACAUGACUGACCGGACAGCAAAUUCUCACUGGUCAAAAUGAACCCAGACUCCCUGGACUCGUCCAUCCAGAGUUGUCUGUCUGCUCUCUAUACUCCGUUUGAGGUGACAGCACCAACUGUCCUCAGCCAGCUCUUCCAGGUCAUCGAGGGUCUUUUCCAUGGAGACCCCCUUCGGUGCCUGACAGACUUCCUGAUCCCAGCCAGGCGUCUGCUGGAGAGAGUGCAGCAAACAGCUUGCGCCCCGUACUCUGACGUGGUCUUCCGCUAUGCGGGCUGGCCUUUGUGCCUGCAAGAACGGGUUGUAAUCCAUCUUGCUCCCAUCAACCCCUUGCUGCUUUCCCCGGGGGACUUCUACUUGCAAGUGGCACCAUUUGGGGAACAGGAAGCCUGCAUCGUGGUCCAGAGUCUACUAGAGGAAGAAAGGCGUGAACUGGAGGAGACCCCGUUCUUGGAGACCUCAUACCCCUCUAUCUUUACCCAGGACUGGCUAAAAGAGCUCAAUGCAGGCAGGCAUGGCAAGCCUCUCAGCCGCUGCCUGUUGGCCACUGAGCAGGGUAUAGUCAAAGUGCCUUGGGAUCAGGUGGCUAACCCAGAGUUUGUAGAUAAACCACAACACAUGGCUUGUUCUGGUUCUUCGAAUCAGCAGGAGUCAAUGAUUGGGCCUCAGAGGCAGGGUACACCUGCACCAUCUGCCUAUUCAGUUGAGACCAGGAUAUGUCCCGCUAAGCAUGGUAUUGCAGUGUCUUUAUGCUUAAUUGACAGCUCCAGAAAGAGUGAAAUGGAUCAGGCCAGGCCAGAGAUGAGGCCAGUGGGCUGGGUGUCUCCCAACACUUGGGACAGUCGCAGUAAAAACUCUUUUGGGAGGGACCAUAUAGACCUUGUGGAUGUUCCCAAAAGAAAGGAUUCCACAGGAUACUCUAAGACUCGGGAUCAACCUAGAACUCUGUUAAGGUCCAAAAGAGUUACACCUCCCACACCAUCUGGUCCUACACUUCAGGACUGUCCUACAUCUCAUGACCAUCCAACACCUCAGGAACGUCCUACCUGUGGACGCACUGUAAGGUUCGCAGAGCAACCUCGCUCACCUUGCAUACGGAGGAAGCACGGACAGGGGGCAAAGACCCAAGAGUGUCGAUACAGGGAGUCUUAUAAAGAGGCACAGCAGAGUCCUGUGAGCAUAGAGAAAAGAUUACAGGAACAAGUCUUCUCUGAAGAAUGUGUGAGAAUAGAGUCUAAAACCCUUCAUAGGAAGGAAAAACAUUCUAAUCAGUAUCCUCAGUCUCAAACUGUGAGAGACAACACUACUGCAGAUGACAGAACUGCCCAUGAAAAUUCUCAGGAUAUCUUGGUGGACUUAGCAGACAUAUGUGGAGGAACCAUUACCUGUUUCACACCAACCGUGGUCGGAACAUCAGAGAAAUGCCAUGUUGUCAUUCAAGGACAGCCCAGUGAGGGAUGCAGGGACAGCCCAUUAGAAAUGAUUCCCAGGCUACAUGUAGUUCAUGGAAAAAAGACCACUACUUUUGGACUUGUUUCUCCAAAAUUAAACAGACGACGAUUACCAAAGCAAGAUGACCCUCAGGACCCUAAAACAGUCUCCCCUCUUGCUAAUGUGCCUCGGACAAAUACGCUUUUAUCCUCAUCACAGACAGAUGUAGAAGAGCCUAAAGCACAAGCACCAUUACCAUCUAAAUCAAAACCAGAGGCUUCUCUUCUGCAGUCAGGAAUCACCUGCCUUACAGGUGGAAGAGAUCGUUUGGGCAGGGCAGUUGUAGAGGUUUAUGGGGAUGAUCAGUACUGGAAGUCGUCUCUGGUCUCUAGCCUGGAGCUUGCUCAGCUGAUCCUCUAUUUCCACACCAUCACCAGGAAGGAGGUCCGAGAGCUUGGAAUGACCAUUGUGUAUGAUGCCCGUAAUACACCACCACACUCAAAAUUCACAGAAGCUCUGCGUCUGGUGCAUGAGGAGGAUCCACAAGCUGUCUGCUCUGUGCUGCUACUGAUGAGUAAGGAGAAAAGCCACAGUCAGGAGAAAUACCCAGGAGGGAUGGAGCUUGUACUGUCUCUCAGAGCUCUUCAUAAAUUUGUGGAACCCAGCCAGCUGACCUCUGCCCUUGGUGGCUCUUUCCCCUACAGUCACAGACACUGGCUGGACCUUCAUCGGGAACUGCAUCCGUUCGUGCUGGACCUGAAAGAAGCAACAAGCUUGCUUUUAGGAGCCAUAAGGAAGCUGGAGGGGGUCCACAAAAUAGACAGCGUUCAGGAUGUUCAGCAGUGCAUCAACAAGCAGAGAGCUCUGAUGAAGGAUGUGCUGGAAGACACCCGUUUGGUUUCCCUACAGAGGGAGGGCGGGGCCAUGCUGGCCAGGUUGAGAUGGGAGAGUGAUGUAAAAGCAGCGUACUGCGAGGAGAGCCGCUUGGUCAUGGAUAACGUGGAGGACCUGUAUAACCAAGUGGAGGAACAGGUCCACGUGCUGGCGAGGAGGUCCAACAUGUCAUUGCAACAUCUUAACUUCCUCCUGCAGCUCAGGGAGAUGGAAUCAAGGUUUACCAAGAUAAGGGAAUGGUUUGACGUGGGGAGGGAAAAACGACUGCUGGAGUCUGUGGAGGAAUCAAGUGGGAGACUUCAAGAGACUCUCCAAAGCUUUACCACAUUCCUCUUUGAAGCUAAUGAACAAAGGCUUCAGGCAAUGAUGUUAGUUACUGAAGCAGAAAGCAUCCAGGGUCCAAACUACCCUGAAACGGAAGUGUUCCACACUAUGGUAUCUGCCUUCAAAUCCAGUUUGUCGGACUUCUUGCCUCAAGUAGAACAGUGUUGUGAUGAACUAGAGAGCAUGGUAAAUCUGUGCCACUUUUGUAAGAGGGCAACUGAAGUGGCCGAGGAAUGCUCACAACAGUUGGAGCAGGAGCGACUGCAGUGCAUGACACAGCAGGAAAAACAAACAAUCCUUCAGAGAUGCCAUGAGAAAAUGAGUGAGUUCUCCCCUGAUUGUUUUCAGGAAGCAAAAGCCCAGGCCUGCUCUCUGCAGAUCUCUAGAGCAAUGCAAGUGUGGAAUGUGGCUUGGGUAAAGUGUCAGGAAGUCAGUCGGCAACUGGAGCAGUGCCUCCAGGAUCUGGAGCAAGACCAGCAUCCUUCUGCACCACAUGGUUGGAAUAGUGAUGGAAUAGAAACAACCAAUGCUGAAGUUUCAUUUGACGAAACUUCAGUGCCUCUUCCACAGGCUGGGAUGUGCAGGGACCCACUUGAUCAAUCUGAGGUCAAGCUUUGCCGAGACCGAGACAGCAUCUAUGGCACGGUGAGCUGCUUCAAUAUCAAUUUCAGGCAAUCCCGGAAAGGUCGCAAAGGGUCCAGAGCAGCUCUGGCUGCAGACCAGGAUCCUACCAACUACAUCAAAAACUCACCCAGAAAGACUUCCCAUGACCGCAGGCAAAAUACAAUUGAAGGCUCAGGCACAGUUGGUUGCCAGUGGUUCCCCUGGCAGCACAACUCAAGAAGGUACAUUGGUGAGGACUCAGCUUCAGCCCAAAGCUCCCCCAAAUCCCAAACCCUUUCAUCAACUGGUGGUGAACCCCAGGUCCCAGCACAUGCCUCUGAAUCUCAGAUGCCAGAUCCUACUUUGCCUGGAACACAGACCACAGUACCCACCUGGCCCCAGAUCCAGCCCCCUUGCAGAUCUCUACAGGCUACUCAGGAUUAUCAGCAUUCCCAUCCUGGCAGUUUCUACCCAGAGGAAUCAUACAUUGAAGCAGGGCUUCAAGAUGCCUUCCACUCAGAGGAGGUUGUCAUCUGGGACAAUGACGGAGCUUUGACUGGUGCUGGCACUGCUAGCAACACUAUAAAGUUGCAGCGUAUCAUGGAGGAGUUGUUGUUGACGGAGCUGGACUACGUGCGCUCUCUGGGUUACAUCCUGACUCACUAUGUCCCCCUGCUGGCCAGGCUGGACGUUCCUCCAGACCUGAGAGGCCAACGUGGAACGAUCUUUGGGAACCUGGAGAAACUGUACGACUUUCACUGCCAGUACUUUCUGCAGGAGCUGGAGGCGUGCCGGACAGAGCCACUAAGGGUGGGCCGCUGCUUCCUCAGACAUAGAGAGAGUUUUGGACUAUAUGCUCUCUACAGCAAGAACAAGCCUCAAUCAGAUGCUCUGAUCCAGCAGCACACGUUCUUCAAGCGCAAGCAGCUGGAGCUGAGGGACAGUAUGGACUUGUCCUCGUAUCUGCUGAAGCCUGUGCAGAGGAUCAGUAAGUACAGCCUGCUGCUGCAGGAGAUGCUGGGGGAGUGUGGACCGCAGCAGGUUUCAGAGCGCCAGGAGAUACAGGCUGCUGCAGAGGUCAUUCGCUUUCAGCUACGCCAUGGCAACGACCUGCUCACCAUGGACGCCAUUCGAGACUGUGAUGUGAACUUAAUGGAGCAAGGCCAGUUAAUUCGGCAGGACGAGUUUUGUGUGAUGUUCCGCAAGAAAAAAGCUUUGCGGCGAGUUUUCCUGUUCCAGGACCUCAUCCUCUUCACCAAGGCGAAGAAAACCCACCGUGGAGAUGACGUGUAUGUCUACAAGCAGUCUUUCAAGACAUGUGAUAUAGGGCUGACCCACAGCUGUGGGGACAGUGGCCUGUGCUUUGAGAUUUGGUUCAGACGGAGGAGAGCCCAGGACACCUACAUCCUUCAGGCUGAGAGGCAGGACAUCAAACAGGCCUGGACUGCAGACCUGGAGCAGAUACUGUGGGAACAAGCCCUGAAGAACAGAGAGCUGCGGAGACAGGAGCGUGUGUUCAUGGGAGUGGGCAGUAAAGCUUAUGUGGACAUCCAGUCCAGCGAGGGAGCCAUUCACAACAGAGCCGUCACCUGUUCUGUGCCAGGAAGAGAAAUGGAAGGAUUGCUAAAAACACCGAAUGUAGUAUCCAGCCUUCAAAAAGACGUGGCCCUGCCCCGGCCUGAGUCCAUCAGCUCUGGCAGCAAUGCAUCGACCUCAGGCAGCCAGUCGUCUUCCUCUUCUGGACGAGGCUCCUUGUCACCCAGCAGUUUCCAUGGAAACCAGGUUCAUGGCAGCAACCACAGAUUAUACUCAACUUCUGAAACCCUGAGUGUAGAUGACCAUCAGAGCCAGUGCCAUCUGACCGACAGUCCCGAAUCUUCAGGAGAGUGUGUUUGUGUGAGCAGCUGCUCAGAACCUUACUGCACAUCUUUAAACCCUGCCAUUGCCCAGGAGGCACCACCUGUGGCCCACCUACAGCAAAGAUCACCUACACUGUCCAGGAAAAAGCCCUCAGUACUGACCAACCCACAGCCCACCACUCACAACUCCCUACAGGUCAACAAACAGCUGACCCAGUAGACGGAUCCCAAAGAAGAGAAGAAAGGACUCAUUUUUGAGCCAGUAUGAAAGUGAAAGAGCUUCCGCUUCCUGACCAUAACUCGCAUUUCUAGGCGACGAGUGGUAAAGACGUUGCCUACAUGAGAAAAAGACAAAACUCAUGUGCAGGAAAGAGAUAAUUGAUCUUACAACUCAUGUUCACACAGAUAAAGCCUGAGUAAAUCAUAGUUCCAGUGCAGCUACAGUAAAACUGAGGACCUCAGCGCUGACGCAACGUUAUACUUUGUGUGAACAAAUUAAGAAGUUUCCCUGGAUGACUGUAUCACAUGCCUUAUUUAAAUGUUUAAGCUUUGUUAUUGUGCAUUGUUUUUUUUUUUAAAGGGCAGCCUGUAUAUGCGUGUUUUUCUAUUUUUUAAUCUAUAUUUCUUAAACACGAUGUAGUAGUUUUUUCUACAGCUAUCACAAUUUCUAUACCCUGUUCAGCACUUUUUAAUGCAUGUGUGAA